AUGCGCCAAAACGUGCGCCAUGUAAAGGCUUUAAUUGCAGGUGCGAUUGCCGAUCUCAAGUUGAUAGAACGGGAGAUCGACGCGCACGGAAUUGAAGCCAAAAGGUGGGAGGAGAAAGCGGUUUUCGCCUUGAAAAAAGGGGAGGAAGAUCUCGCUCGCCGGGCACUCACCCGCAAAGGUGAGCAUGCAAACAAGGCAGACCUGUAUCGUGAGCAGAUCGAGACGCAGCAGGAGAUCAUCGACUCUCUCAAGUCCAGUUUGAAAACGUUAGAGACCAAGCUAGACACGACGCGCUAUCAAACUGCGAAAUUGGCUGCCGCUGAAAGUUUAGGGGUGUUGCAGUCCACUGUCGGCGCAACGUCACCGGCUGAUGCAGUCAUUGACACCACCGCAUUUGAUGCUUACGAUCGGUUAGUUGAUCGUGUCCGCGAUCUCGAAGUGCAUGCGGAAGCAUUGGCUGAGUUGACACAAGGCGAUGACCUUGAGCAGAAGUUUCAUGAACUCGAGAACAGCGAAAAGAUCGAGGCAGACCUUGCAGCGUUGAAAACCAAAGUCCAUCCUGAGAAUCAAGAUCCCUAA